AUGCUUGGUCGUCUCAAAAUGGACGUGGAGCAAUGUAUAAAUGCAUAUGAGCAUUUGAUGGAGUGCUCUUUCAAGCAGAGAUCGCUGCAAUUGCACCAUGCCAAGUUCGACACCCAGAGAUGUGCCUCUGAGCUCAGAAGCAUCCUCGCACAAUCUGGAUAUGAGGAGAAUGCGCUGUUCAGAGAGUCAGAGCCCUCGUGCAGAGUUGUUAUCUACCUCACCGAUUGGAGGACCCAGAAGGCCUUCCCCCUAACCUCUUACGAAAGCAAGCGCUGUCCGUCUGAGCUAUCAAUGACUGCGACAAUAGUCCAAGCAGGACAAGCUUGUCUAGCGUCCCUUGCUGGCUACGACGAAUUUGUCAUCAUCGGUCCUGACGGAAAGAAGUAUUGCGAUAGCAGUCGAAACAUUGUCAACCCGGUGCGCCAGGUGUGGGGGGAGGCAAACAGUGUAUGGCCGAAGUUACUGGAAAGUCAGCUAGGCUGCAUUGUGUCGAUUGGUGCCGGCACUGCUUCCAUCAAGGGCAAGGGUAUGCAUGAGGAGAUGGGGCUCAGGCGUAUGCUGUGGCAGCUUAAUGUUCAUGAUCCUGAAAAUGAGGCCAAUAUGUUCCUCCAGGCGCAUACGGAGUUGGAUGAUGCCGGUCGCCUGUACAGGUUCAGUAUCUAUGAUGGUCUAGGGGAUAUCAAGGUCGAUGAGAUAAAGCUGAUGGGAUUGGUUGUGGAGGUUACGAUUGAUUUCUUGAACGCUGAGCUGGUUCGCAAGCAGAUGAGGAGAUGUGUAAGUGCAUGUGUGUGUUGA